AUGUCAGAAUCAAUAUCCGGGAUAAACAAAAACGAAUCCGACACAUUUUUACAUCCGUUGCCUUUUUAUUCGUCCUUGAGGUUCGUUGUUUAUGGAAUACUCAUCCCUAUUGUUGUAGUCGUUGGGAACUUAGGUAACAUCCUGACAGCAAUUGUUCUUUGGAGUAAAGAGAUGGCAUCCACAACAAAUCUGUUCCUUCGUGCUUUGGUUUUGUCCGACAUCGCAAUCAUUACCUUGACUUCGUUUGGGAGAAGUUCAUUCUACAUGGAGGUAUAUACAGUGUGGAUGUACGCUGCCGUAUAUUUUGCUAUUCCGUUGACAAUGUUGAUGACCUUAAAUGUCUUGAUCCUUAUAGAACUCAAAAGAAUGCAGAUUAGACGAAAACGUAUGGGUACAGAACCCAGAGCAAUGAGCGAGAAAGCGAACAUUACCAAGACAAUAGUUCUCAUUGUUGCUGUUUUCACAUUCGUACAAACCCUUGGAUUUAUAAGUCAACUUGAUUAUUGGAUUAACGAUUAUGAUCAAACGCAUCUUCUCGGUACUGUCGUAAAUUUCUUGUAUGUGGUAAACUCCAGCAUAAAUUUCGUCAUUUAUAUUGCAAUGGGAAAGAAAUUUAGACAGAAUUUCUUGGCCUUAUUUUCGAAAUGUAAGAUCUAA